AUGGCUGCCAGUGCAGAAUACCAAACUCAAGCCAAGGCAGAGACUACGAAGCGUCUUCUGGCACAGUUAGUUAACGAAGAGUUAGUGACUCUGCACUUAUUUUUCUGCGCUGCAUCUCAAAGGUUGAAAGGUCGCAUUGCAGAUGCGGGCGACACAACUCGAUGGAUCGAAGUCAGUCUGGCUAGUGACAUCAAUGCAGCCCCAGCCCAGCUCCUUUGGAGACCGGAUGACUUUGAAGUUCCGGUCAUCCUCAAGCGUGUUGAUAUCAAGGAGCUUCAAGAAGAUGAUCCAGGUGCUAUUUUCCAGUUCAUUGCACUGAGGUUUGAUUGCGAUGAGGGAACCAAGGAGGCAAUCACCCUAGAAUUGUCCAAUUCAGCGGCCAUGUUAGGCGUGGUCGAUGGAAAGAGAGAGGAUAGCUCCGAUCAGACAUCUGGCGUUCUCUCGUUGGAGAACCUGCGCGAGAAUGAGAACGAGGGAGUUGAUUGGGGCGAUGCGUCGAAUACCACGCCAGCGAAGUCGGCGUCGCCUCGUAUAGCUGAGGCGGUGGCGGAAACUGGGCCCGAUGCUGAAAUGGUUGAUGCCCCUCCUGCCGAUGAAUCUGGACAUAUGAUGUGCUCUACAUCUGCAUCUAACAAGGAUCCGAUUCCAUUUAGUUAUAAUUGCAAUGACGUGGGCAUGGGUUUCAAUUCACAUGCUUAUACUAGCGGACGCUGGCUUCGUCAUGACAAGGAGGAGCGAGCCUCACGUUACAUCAGUUUCGACUUUCAAGCCCUUUGUCACAAAAUCCUUGAACUAUCACCGGGAGCAAGCACAAUCACAAGAUGCCAAAAGCUCAAAGGAGGCUUCAAUAGGGUCUUUAUUUUUGAAUUGAACAAUAACAAACGGAUGGUGGUGAGACUCCCAUUCACGCUGGCUGGGCCGGCACUGUUAACCACCAGUUCCAAAAUCACCACAAUUAGAUAUUUUAACGGUUCACUGCUCCUCUUAGUGCAGAUCAAAACUACCAUUCCUAUACCAAAAAUAUUCGACUGGAAUUGCGAUGCCACGAGUAUCGACAAUACCAUUGGCAGCGAAUAUAUCAUCAUGGAGCAUGCUGCUGGCAUCCAGUUUCACAGGAAGUGGCAAGAAAUGGCUGGUGAUCAACGUGUUAGAUGCAUAGACGCCAUCUACCAGAAGGCCAAAGAAAUGGCUGACCUACAAUUUCCAUCUUUCAGGAGUCUAUACUUAGCCGACAGCCCAGAAACGAUCUCGCAAAAUACUGCGACGGCCUCGUUUAUGCUGGUCUCUCAAGACUACCUUCUGUGGACUCCGAUGUAAAAAGCAGGCCGUUCUAUCAUGGCUCAAUUGAAACACACAGGAAGCUAGCACACGCGCGAGUUGUGCUAAAAUACAUGUCUGGAGAUCCUCGAAUAGCGGCUUCCGCAAACCCGGUAUUAUUUCAUCCAGAUUUCCAUAAAAGAAAUAUCUUUGUUUCGGAAGACGAUCCUUCCAUAAUCACAGGUAUUAUCGACUGGCAGGCUGCGAGCAUUGAGCCAGCUUUUUGGUAUUCUGGCG